ACGGCCCUUCUGUACUGUAGCCUACUGUAGCCUCGCUGCCUCGCCGAAAGGGAUCAUUUUUUGUAUGAAAAAUAUGUAAACCGUCAUAAUCAAAACAAACAAUUUAAAUACACAUGCCAGUUUCUUGGAGAGGAUAAGAGGGUCCUUUACUGAAGUUUUCCUCCGAUUACAGCCGAAUCGUUUGCAUAUUACUAUCAAAUAUAAGCACAAUGUUCUAGGUUAAUUUCAUUCGAGAUGAAUAACGGAAACAUUCAUCCUGUGUUGAAAGAUCUGCUGGCCUUUGGAUGUGGUGAUCAGCGCAUACCACCAGCUGCAUUUGCUGUGUUCAUGGACUUGUCGGAAGUAAGGGCGGUAUGGGAUCUCCAAUAUCAGUUCUGUAAGGCACUAGACAUAAUCUAUCUAACUGGAAGAGAAAAUGUAAGUGAUAUUGAGACAAACAUUUAUUUACCUUUGCCAGCAUCAUAUACUGUUUCACCUGCUUGGCUUGAAAAAGUUCAAAACAGUCUUUCCACAAAGAAUCGAGGACUGAUUUUGGCCUUUAAAGAUGCCGAUUCCACAGUAGUUUACUAUCAAAUAACAGAGGGAUUGGUUACUCCUGAUUCUCUUGAGAUAGUGCAAGAAAGGAAAGCUUCAGAAGAGAGACGAAGAUUAUUGCAGACUGAGUUAUGGCGUAAAAGAAGUCAGUUGUAUGAAAUGGCUAAACACAAUUCAAAUUCCAUUAACGAUAAUGAGCAUACUGCCUAGUUGUAAGUGACCUCCGAGUAAUCUUUAUGUAAUGUAUAUUGUGUACCUAACUCGGUAAAAUAAAAUAACCUUAAGCAAAA